AUGAUUGCGCCGAACGAAGAUCGAGCUUUUUAUGGGGUGCCGUCUGAUCGACUAUCGCCGGGGUUGUAUGAGAGUGUGGGGGGCCUUUCCCAGUAUACUAGUGCGGGCAAGCUAUGCGUUACAGGAAGCCAAGCGGCGCGUGAAAUUGGCCCGAUAUCGUAUAGUCGUCUUAUCUUGAGUGCGAUCAACGUCGAAUGCCUAACCCCUCCAGAUUUCCCAUCCACGAUGGACAAGUGA